GAUAUAAACACAGACAUGUUGAGGCCAUCUCCAGCCACGCUAGAUGAAAGAGAAGAACAGCUGGAAGAAGUCAAAGACAGUGAUAAUGCCAGUGUGAUGGAGCAAGCUGAUAGAAUAGAGCAGAUGAACCUGGAGUUAAAAGAUCCACCUAUAAGUAAGCCCAUACAGACAUACUUGGAUGAAAGUUUACCGGACCUGCUCAAGAGUGGGAGUCCACUCCGUAGACGUGUAUCAAGCCCAGUGGCAGACACGUUAAAGCAGAUGCGCCGCGAUGUUGAACUGUCUCGGCGAAGGAGCAUAAAACUCAAGGCUCAAGUGGAUAAAUUUCAGGAGCAGAGUAAGGAUGGACUUGUCUGGAGUCAACACAGAGAACUGGUGACUGAGGAGAUUCAGUCCAUUGUAAAGCUGCUUAUCCCUCUGACUGAUUCAGAGCCAACAGCAGAUCCUUCUUCUGAGAGCAACUCACUGGAUAGGGCACUAAGUCAGCUGAAGACUGUUGCACGCACACUCGCUCUCAAUCACACAUACCAGGGAAAAGCUAAAGACAGGACGACAGACGAGGUUGCUGUAUUUCAACAAGCGCUACGGGACCGAGAUGAGGCUCUUGCAAAAAAAAAAGCCAUGGAGUCAGAGCUGCUGAAAUGCAAGACAGAACUAAUGUCACUGAACAAUCAGCUCCUGGAGGCAGUGCAGCGGCGACUGGAGAUGGCUAUCGAGCUAGAGGCCUGGAAGGAUGAUGUGCAGACCAUCAUUCACCACCAGCUCCUGAGUCAGCAGCAGGCAGAACAGGCCCAGAAGAAGCCCAGAGGUUUCAAUGUACUGAGGCGCUCCAAACAAUCCAGUCCAGCCCAGUCUCCAGUCCUAAGCCGCGCAUUUUCUCCUGGCUCGCCGUCCCCCAACACACCUGUGGCCCAGCGCUGGAAAGACAAACUGAGACGAGGACGUGCCAGUCAGCAUGCCUCUGCUGUCCACAACCAGUCACCCAGCCCGUCCCCAAUGGACUCUACAGUCAGCAGCACGGAAGACAGUUUUCAAACAGUCUCUCUUGACUGAACUUUUAUCUGUAUUAUAAGCAGGCUUGGGGAGUAACGGAAUACAUGUAUCGGUGUUACGUAAUCAGGAUACAAAAAACUGGUAACUGUAAUCCAUUACAGUUACGUCCAAAAAUAACGUAAUCAGAUUACAGGCACAUUUAGUUAAAAAAUGGGAAUACUAUCAGGAU